AUGUACUUGUGCUCGUAUCAGCGGAAAGUUCAAGCCAGGAGGAAGCCGCCCAGAACGGCGUUUGAUAUCGCAUCAAUCACCACCUCGUCGAGGGUCCCCACGGACAGAGACGACAACCCCACCAGCCUGCGCCAAUUCUCAGUCUUCGCCAACCUCUCCGCGACUUUCCGCGACUUUGCCAAACUCGGCGAGAUCGCGUCCCAGUUGUUCAUGAUGCCGUUUGUAGAAGUGCGGGCGGUCAACUGGCGGCUGAUGGACGUGACGGCGGAGAAGUUAGCCAAGGAGGCGCGGAAGAAGCCACUCAUGGACGCAAUUGAGAAGGCCAACGACUUCGCGGAGACGGUUCAUCGUGAGGUUUUCCCGGUGGAAAUUAACGACCAGGGUGGAUCUACGUCUGUAUCUGGGCCGCUCCACAUGGCUAGAGCUAUGACGGCCAGAGUUGAUGAUCCAGGUUCAAGUGGACACUCAUUGGACCUAGAGCCGCAGGAGAUUACCGUGAGAGCUUCGAUCAUGGCGAAGUUUGCUACGGCAGAUUGGAACAGGCCAGAAGGGUUACGUUAUUGA